CCUCCCCUCCGCCCCUCUGCGGGUCUGUGCCGCAGCAGCCGCUGCCGCCGCGAGCAAGGGCUUCUGGGAGCCGAGCCUCGGGGUCUCGGGGAAGGGGCGCAGGUGGACGCCAUCUUAAGCUGCGAACCUGGUCGCUACAUUCAACGCUAGGGGCGGAGUGGCGACCCCACAGUUAACCCGCAGCAGACGCCGCAGCGGGGGACUGGAAGUCAGGGCACCGGGUAGUGCCACAUUAAUGGAGAGACAGUAAAGGAGAGAGAGAGAGACAGAGACAUUGACAUUGAUGUGAGAGAGAAACAUCGAUUGGUUGUCUCCCAUAUGCAUCCUGGCUGGGGAUGGAAGCCACAACCUAGAUGCGAUGGCUAGUCCAGGGAAAGAUAACUAUAGAAUGAAAAGUUAUAAGAAUAAAGCCCUAAAUCCCCAAGAGAUGCGUAGACGAAGAGAAGAAGAAGGAAUACAGCUUCGAAAACAAAAAAGAGAAGAACAGCUGUUCAAACGCAGAAAUGUUUCUUUGCCCAGAAAUGAUGAAUCUAUGCUAGAAAGUCCUAUUCAGGAUCCGGAUAUCAGUUCCACUGUACCCAUUCCAGAGGAAGAUGUUAUUACCACAGAUAUGGUUCAGAUGAUUUUUUCUAAUAAUGUUGAUCAACAACUAACAGCAACACAGAAAUUUAGAAAGCUGCUUUCUAAAGAACCUAAUCCACCAAUUGAUCAAGUUAUACAGAAACCAGGAGUUGUACAGAGAUUUGUCAAGUUUCUUGAAAGAAAUGAAAAUUGUACUUUACAAUUUGAAGCUGCAUGGGCAUUAACUAAUAUAGCUUCUGGAACUUUUCUACAUACCAAGGUAGUGAUUGAAACUGGGGCUGUUCCAAUUUUUAUCAAACUUCUUAAUUCAGAGCAUGAAGAUGUUCAAGAACAGGCUGUUUGGGCACUUGGUAAUAUUGCUGGUGACAAUGCAGAAUGUAGAGACUUUGUUUUGAAUUGUGAAAUACUUCCACCUCUUUUAGAGUUAUUAACAAAUUCAAACAGACUUACAACAACCAGAAAUGCUGUAUGGGCUCUCUCAAAUUUAUGUAGAGGCAAAAACCCUCCUCCAAACUUUAGUAAGGUUUCACCUUGCUUAAAUGUCCUAUCACGAUUGUUGUUUAGCAGUGACUCGGAUGUAUUAGCAGAUGUGUGUUGGGCCCUUUCUUAUCUAUCCGAUGGACCCAAUGAUAAAAUUCAAGCAGUCAUCGAUUCUGGAGUUUGUCGAAGAUUGGUGGAACUUUUGAUGCACAAUGAUUAUAAAGUUGUAUCACCUGCAUUAAGAGCAGUUGGUAAUAUUGUGACUGGUGAUGAUAUUCAAACACAGGUAAUUUUGAAUUGCUCUGCGUUACCCUGUCUUUUACACUUACUGAGUAGCCCAAAGGAGUCAAUAAGAAAAGAAGCCUGCUGGACUAUAUCUAAUAUUACUGCUGGAAAUAGAGCUCAGAUUCAGGCUGUUAUAGAUGCAAAUAUUUUUCCCAUUUUAAUUGAGAUUCUUCAGAAAGCAGAGUUUCGUACCAGAAAAGAAGCAGCUUGGGCUAUAACUAAUGCGACAUCAGGAGGCACUCCAGAACAAAUAAGGUAUUUGGUGGCCUUAGGCUGCAUUAAACCACUUUGUGACCUAUUGACUGUUAUGGACUCUAAAAUAGUCCAAGUGGCUUUAAAUGGACUUGAAAAUAUUUUACGUCUUGGAGAACAAGAAUCUAAGCAGAAUGGGAUGGGUAUUAAUCCAUACUGUGCUCUCAUUGAAGAAGCAUAUGGUCUAGAUAAAAUUGAAUUUCUGCAAAGCCAUGAAAAUCAAGAAAUUUACCAAAAGGCUUUUGAUCUGAUUGAACAUUACUUUGGUGUAGAAGACGACGACCCCAGCGUUGUACCUCAGGUGGAUGAAAACCAACAGCAGUUUGUAUUUCAGCAGCAGGAGGCACCCAUGGAAGGGUUUCAACUUUAACUUUGUGGCGAAAAAAAUUAAUGGCCAAUAAGGGUAGUUUUAGAUAUCUCCUCUUUGUUACCAUGUCAGUAGGAAUGUUUGAUGUGCUUUAAUGUAGAACAGAAAAGAAGUUGAUGCACUUUUAAAAGCAAAGCAAAAGUUUCCAUUCAGCUGCAAUCUUUCAGUAUAGUUUUGAUUUUUAUUUUGAUGUGCCUGUAUUUAUGUCUUUUAUUGUUUUAUCUAUUUCUUAAUCUAUGAAUUAAAUACAUUGUGAAAUUAUUUAUUAACUUAAGCUUGAAAAGGAGAACUUUGGUAAAGUAUUACAUAUGGUUCUGAAUUUUUUCUAGCAUCCUUGGAAACUGCAUAUUAGCAGUACAGAUUUAUAACUGUGUUUUGGCAGUAAGUCUGAUGGGCCCAAUCUCUACUAAAUCUACCUCUAUCUUGAAGCAAAAACAAAACAAAACAAAAGCUUUAGAAGCAUUGAAUAGUGUAAAAGUUAAAUUAGAGUGUGAAAAUAAUCUAUUACCUUAAAUUAUAAAUCACUGUGCUGUAGGUUAUACUUUGCAAAAAAAAAUGAUAAAAAAUGCUAUAAAAUUUAUUUAUGAAACAGAAGAAAUAUUGUACUGAUAAUCAAUUAAAAUGUGGCAAUUGUGAAGAGAGAAGUCAUUCUUCAUGUUGAACACAUUAAAACUACUAUACAACUUUAAAUAUUUAUGUUUUUAACACAUAUAAAUGCUAUUAUAUUAGUAUAUUUUGUAAUUUGACCAAAUGUGCUACCAUUUUUGAAAUAGUGUUUUACAAUUUUUCACUCUUCGUUUUAAAAAGCAUCAUUUUAAGGGAUGCCAUCAUGAAUCUAAAGUAAUGCUGCAUAGCAAAAAUAAUACUGUAAUUCUUUCUCUGAUUUUUCAGAGCAGUAAUUGUAAAGUUUCUUUUUCUGUUUAGUAAUAAAUUUAGGUAUUUGAAUGGCAAAAUUGUCCCAAAGAAGUCACCUUGAUAUGUGCUAAAGUUUAUUAAAUAUACUUAAUGUUUGGACACUAAAAGAUGAUAUUAAUGAAAAUUGCUAAGAAUUCUUUCAUGUGGUUGAAAGGAUUUUAGGAUUUUUUUUUUUUUUUGGUAAUAUUCGGAGGGUCAUUCUGCUGUUUGUUAUCAAUCAAUGCAUUAAAUUACAUUUGUAUCAGAUUGGUCAAUAUAAUGUAUGUGUUUUAUGUAUUAAAGGCAAAACCUCUUCAAAUGGAAACUUAAAAAAAGUUUCAAUAGGAAAAUUACAUCUGUAUUUAUGGAUACACAUAUAUAUGUGUGUGUUAUGCUCACAGUAGUAUACUUGGUAGAGUUUUCUAAGCAAAAGCUACUGUUGAACUCUGUCUUCUCAUUUAUAGUUAUAUUCAGGUUAUUUACAUUUCCAAUUAUAUAACUAAAAUAUUUAAAAAUUAGUUUACAACUCUUUUAAGAUGGAAACUAAAACAUUUUUGAUAUGAUUCAUAGUCUAUUCUGUAAAGAAAGAUUUCAUUUAUGAUAGCAUUUAUAAUGUUUCCACUGGAAAUCAGAGGUGUGUUACAAGAAGAAAUGUAUAUAUGAGUACUUUUAAAUAAUAUGACACUUUGUAAAUUAUAUAUUAUGAAACCAAGCUUUUGGCAAGACACUAAAACCUACAGCUAUGAAAUACAGGUUUAACUGGUGUCCAUAAUGCUGACUGUAUCUGCCAAACCUCUUUUAUAUUAAGUAGAGGAUUGUAUCUGUGCCCUUUUUAUUGUAGUAAAAAUUAUGAAGUUUAGUAUAAAAGGUUCCUUUUGCAUUAUGUAUGUUCAAAAGAACAGGGUGAUUAUAUUAAAGAUCAGCAAAUUGAUAGUGAAUUUGUCAGAUAAACACUUUUUUGUGGUAUAGAUGAUUCUCAGUAGAAGGUGACAGGGUAUUCCACUCUUUCUAUUCAAUUGAACUUAAUAAUGCAGCAUAAUUCAUAAACUAGCCAGCUGUGCCUGCUUUUGAGGACCCUGUAGUCGCAUUAACAAAUCUCUAAGCCACGUCUUUUAAACAAAUAAUUCUUACAGAAGAAAAAAUAAUAUAUAGGUUUGUGCAAACACACAUAUGGAAUAAUCUGUGAGGGAAGGAGUUUUAAAUUUUUGCCAAUAAAAUAAAAAUUAUAUCUCUAAGUACAGAUGUGACCAUAUUUUAAGCAAAUAUAUGUAAUUUCAUGGAUCUGUUACUUGGGUAAUUAAUUUGAUUAGAUUUGAAUGCAAGAGAAUAAUAGUUGGGAUCAGCUGUUGGUGUGGUGAUUAGUUUAUUGAAACAAGACUAGCAAAUAUUUUGUUCUUAAUUUUUUUCCAUAUGACUACUUCCAAAUGUACUAUUUAAAAUGCUCUAUAGUCUUUUUUUUAAUUAAUCUUCACUGACCCUUGUGGGAGAAAAGUGUUUUUAACUUGCUUUCCUAAUAUCAUUAUAUUUGAAUCCGAGAGAAACUGUGCCAAAAAAAAAAACAAAAACUAAAACAUGUAAAGGGGAACAUAUGUAAGAUUAACAUUAAUGCAGAAAUCAAGAAAACACUUGAGAGUCCUUUACAUUUAGUUACAUAAAUUUAGUUUUGUUUUGUCCGAAUUUGAAUUUUUUACUAGUUAAUCUAUGCAAUGUGCUUACUUGUUUUAUAUUUGUAAGUAACUUUUUUAUCUGUAAGUUCUACUUUGAAAGGUGUUCCUAGGAUUUAAUUCUUAGUGUCAUUUUGUUCAUUACUGGUAGCAUCAGAACAAGAAAACAAAAAAUAAAAAGUAAUAAAAUUUGGUGGCACAGAAAUAACAUACCAUUUGGAAACUGUAAAACCUGUUUGCAGUUAAAGCUUGUUUUGUUUGAUGAAGGACUAAAAGCAGCAUUACCUUUGCCUUCAUAUUUUUCUUCUCUUAAGGAGCGUUAUGGAAAAAGUAAUUAACUAUCAUACAAAGUCUUAAUGGAUUUGUGUUGCUGUUCUAAUUCAGCAAUCUACCAGCUACUCUAUGAAACUGAAGUCUAAGUAUUGUUAACCUUUACUCAUUUUAGUUCACAGCAUUACUGUUUUAUUUAAUGUGACAUAUAGGAAGGCAACGUGAUACGGCUCUAAAAGGAUAAUGCAUCUUUAAGUUCUGGUUGGGGAGUGGGAUGGGGGGAUAUUGUUGCCUAACUAAGUAAACCCGCAUUUGAACAGUAUGCAAUAUUAUGAAAUGUUACAGCACUCUAUUAAAAAUAAUAAAAUACUAUUUUACAGUUGCAUUUA